AUGAUUGGAAUCGCUGCUUCUGAUUUGUUCAUUUUGGGAUAUUUAGUAUAUUUACACACAUUGGAAUUAUUAGAAUCGAACAAUGAAUGUUGGAACCGUUUCAAUUAUCCAGCUCAAUUGGUGGUAUAUUGGGGAAAUCCAUUAAGAGAUGGCCUUCAAAAAUCGAUCCCAUGGCUCGGCAUCUCAAUGGCUGUUUUAAGACUUUUGAUUGUGAAGAACUUACUGAACCCGAAAUUCGAAAAUUUAUCUAAUCCCAAGUUCAGCGUUGUAUUGACCCUUGUAACAUAUAUCCUCAGCACAUUCUGGUCACUGUUCCUCUAUAGGGGGUAUUCAUUGGCAGAUGGCAACGACCUAUGGCAACCGGCACCAAGCUGUACCGGAUUCCCUGUAAAUUAUACAGAACAUCAGUUUUAUAUUCAGUAUGAACGAGAUGUGAAUGUCGAGUCUGAUUGUAUGAUCGAAGUUUACCUAUUCACCGAUGGACUUUUAAAAAUCAUCCCCACAAUAGUGUUUCCAAUUUUGACAGGGCUACUAAUCAGAGAACUCAGUGCCGCAAAUACAAGACGAAAAAAAUUGACGGCUACUCAGAGUAAGAGUACACGUGCGGACCAUACAACUAAAUUGAUAGUUUGCAUGACCGCGAUGUUCAUGGCAGCUGAAGGACCGCCGGGAAUAUUGCUUGUUCUACAAGGAUUUGUAAAAAACUCUGUUGGUUUCUCACAAUUGAUGUCCGACCUUAUGUUCAUUUUUUUUAUUUUCGCCGUCCUAAACUCUAUCACACAUUGUUUAAUUUGUCUUACCGUAUCCACACAAUACCGUAGUACAGUAAAAUCUUUACUCUGUUGCGGAACGUCCAAACCCAACAAGAAAGAGACGGGCACCGUCACCGUGAAAGUCAAUGCUUCUAUGAUGACCCCAGCUACAUAA